AUGGGACGCGCGGAGCUCACCGAGGAGCGCAAGUCGCGGACGGAAACCCACGAAUUCGAAGAAGGCAAAAACCAGGAUGUGGAUACUACCGAAUUGGAACACAUCCGCAAGGCGGGCUGGAAGGCGCUCUUCAGCUUCACAACCAGAAAGCACUUGGGGAUCCUGGCGUCUGCGACGAUCUCAGCUAUGGUCUUCGGCCUGGUCCUCCCAGCAGCCUCGGUCUUGCUAGGCUUAAUAGUGAACCAAUACACCAACUUCGGCGCGCGAAGAAUCUCUGGUGACGAGCUUCUGAGGAAUGUUUCGAAGUAUUGCAUCUACUUGACAGUCUUGGGAGCCACUUCAUGGGUCACAAACAUAUUCAGUCAAACGCUAUGGUUGACCUUUGGGGAAAUGCAGGCGAGAAGCGCAAGGGAUCGCAUGUUCAAAAAUCUUCUCUCAAAAGAUAUUGAAUGGUAUGACAUGAGGAGGAAUGGAAUAGGCGCAUUUUUGCCAAGAGUACAAACGCAAAUCCGCGAGCUUCAACUGGCAGCCUCCCAACCCAUGGCAGAAGCGGUCCAAUGCCUUUCCACAGGCAUCGGAGCUAUCAUACUCGCACUGGUCUUCUCCUGGAACCUGACCCUCGUCAUCAUAGCCACGGUGCCGAUCGUGUUCAUUGUGAUGACUAUCCUGUCAGCUCGAAUCGGCCCACAUGUUCACGAACAAGGAGAGAGGCUUCAAGGAGCGAUGAAGUACGUCACAAAUGCCUUCCGGAGUAUUGAGAUGGUCAAAUGCUUCAACGGACAAGAAUCUGAACUUGAGAGAUACACCCGAGCUAUUAGAGAGGCUGCAAAGAGCUACACCAGACAAGCCAGCUUGAAGUCAAUGCAGUUGGCGUUUCUGCAGUUUUGCACGCUUUCGGUCUUUGUACAAGGAUUUUGGUAUGGGAGCACACUCAUUGCGCGUGGAAAGCGGAGCCCUGGCCAAGUCAUAACCACCUUCUGGUGUGCUUUGGUGGCAGUCCAGGCUGUGACGUCGUUCAUUCCUCAACUGAUAGUUAUUGAGAAAGGCCGAGUUGCGGGUGCAAAACUUCGAGCGGUGAUGGCUCAGAUGCAGGCGGAAUCGAAUGCAACCGGGGAUGAUGGCGGGAUCAGACCAACUCUGUGUAAGGGAGACAUUGAAUUCGAUAAAGUAUCCUUUGUCUACCCUACGCGUCCUUCACAACUGGCGAUCAAAGAUGCGAGCAUGUUCUUCCCUGCCGGAGAGACUACAUUCGUAGUAGGCAGAAGCGGUUCUGGGAAAAGCACUCUUGGGCAGUUGCUCUUGCGAUUCUACGAUCCCCUGGAGGGCACCAUUCGACUGGAUGGACAGCCGCUGAAAUUAAUCGAUGCCCACUGGCUCCGUGAAAACGUUACCCUGGUGGAACAACAUAGUGUACUAUUCGACGACUCGAUAUACAACAACAUUGCGAUCACAAGGUCCAAAAACGGAAUGCCCGAACUCGAUAGUGUCAAGGAGGCUGCUCAGUUUGCUCUGCUCCAGCAAACGAUCAAUGACCUCCCCGAUGGCUUCGACACGAUUGUUGGUUCGAAAGGGAGCACAUUGAGCGGCGGCCAAAGACAACGUGUCGCUUUGGCCCGGGCCCGGCUUCGAGAUACAGCAAUUCUCAUCCUAGACGAGUCUACUAGUGCGUUGGAUUACAUCACAAGAUCAUUGAUGCUCGAAGCUAUUCGAGCCUGGCGUCGUGGCAGGACAACGAUCGUCAUUACCCACGACAUAUCUCAGAUCCAGCCCCAGGAUUAUGUUUUCGUUCUUGACAACGCCCAAGUCGUCCAAGAAGGAUACAGGAAAACGAUGGAGGAAGUUAAAGGCUCGCCAUUCUAUACAUUCUUGACAGAGCCGGUGCCUUCGCCAACACAAUCGCUAGAUGACGCAGACCCUCUGGAUAACUUCGAGGAACGAUCUUCUUGGACUGUGUCCGGGUUAGGCCUGAAAGGGAUACAUUUUCCAGCUCAAGACGGUAGUCGUCUAUCAGAUGAAUCAAUCGAUCCUCUAGAUGCGUAUCUGCAAGAGCGUUCCGAAACGCCCAUGAGGCCGAUCUCAGCGGUAUUUGCUAGUCCUCUGGGUCAAGACCCUCGGAGAUUAUCUACGGCUCAUCACACCUCACCGUACUGGAGAUUCACCGCGAACAGCCUCAGCGCAGAACCAAACUCAGCAACCAUUCGUCAAGGAUCUACACACGACCUCGAGAAGUAUACAUUCGUCGAUCCAGAUCCCAAAGUCUUGCCAAAGCCCUCUCCUAGGGCGAUCAGUCGCUCGGGGACACCAGUCCAGCGAAUGGUCUCGGGCGCAGAUAGACUGGCCGCUAGGGCGAGGGAGUCGACAACUAGCGAUAGCCCUCCAGCGAAGAUAUCGCGCGGUAGAAGUGUACGCCAAUUACUACGGAACCACCAGCAUCCGCGACACCAGGCUGUGAAGCCACUUAGUACACUGAAGAUUUUAUCCACUAUCUGGCCACAACUAGAUUGGCUGGCUCGCCUAUAUCUUGUUUUGGCAUUCCUUACUGCAUGUGUGCAUGCUGCUGCUACCCCAGUUUUUUCGUAUGUCUUCGCUCAUCUCAUCUCUACGUUCUACAUUUCGACGAAUCGCAGCCAGAACGCCAUGAUUUACUCGCUAUCAAUCCUGGGCUUAGCGUUUGUCGAUGGCGCCGCGACCUACGUCUUCCACUUUCUUUUUGAGUAUACCGCGCAGGUUUGGAUUACCAGCACGAGGAUCGAAGCAAUGAAACGGCUGCUCGACCAACCCCGACAAUUCUUCGACGAACAAGGCAACGAGGUGUCGAUUUUGGCUGAAUGUCUGGAUCAUUUCGCGGAAGAAACUCGCAACAUGCUUGGCCGUUUCACAAGCAUUAUCUUCGUUGUGGUUUUGAUGAUGCUCAUCGCCCUGGUUUGGAGUCUAAUUUCUUGCUGGAAGUUGACUCUGGUCACCAUUGCCAUUGCUCCAAUCAUGUAUGCUGUGAGUGCAAGUUACCAUAGCAUUAGUGGGAAGUGGGAAGGCCACUCAAACGAGGCAGACGAAGCUGUGGGGAUAGUACUCCAUGAGACGCUGACAAAUAUUCGGACUGUCCGCGCUCUCACGCUAGAGAAGGUCUUCCAUCGGAAAUACGUAGAUGCCACCACCGCCGCCCUCAAAACUGGACUGAAAAGAGCACUUUACUCAGGAAUCUUCUUUGGACUCAGCAACGCUUGUAUGCUAUUUUUCCAGGCCUUCCUGUUUUGGUACGGAUCCACCCUCAUGAAGUCCGGCGCCUUCAAUGCCACAGAUGUCAUUCAGACCCUCACCAUCCUUCUUAUGAGCACAAACUAUGUUACCACAACGAUAGUGUUCAUCCCCCAAAUUGGAGCGGCACAGGAUGCAGCGGCACGCCUUCUACGUCUUGCCAAUUUGUCACAAAACUCACACGAGCAUGUUGGCACAGUACAAAUUUCAUCUGCUGGAAGCAUUGUCUUGCAUAACCUCAAAUUCGCGUACCAUUCGCGGCCCACUCAUUCUGUGCUCCAUCAAAUCAACAUGGAAUUCCCCCCUAGUAGCUGCAUCGCCAUUGUAGGAGCUUCAGGCUCCGGAAAGUCCACCGUCGCCUCCCUUCUCCUCAAUCUAUACCCAUCCGACCCCAGCAACUCCAAGCCGACCGAAAUCACCGUCUCCGGCCGCGACCUGAAGCGCAUCCACACGCCCACCCUCCGUUCUCUCGUCUCAAUAGUCUCCCAGAACCCGACUCUCUUCCCCGGCACCAUCGCCGACAACAUCGUCUACGGCCUUCCCUCUUCUUCCCCACACACAGCCCUGCCAAACAUCCGCAUGGCAGCCGCGGCCGCCGGCAUCGACGACUUCAUCGAGAGUCUGCCAUCCGGCUACUUCACCGUCGUAGGCGAAGGCGGCAUGGGCAUCUCCGGCGGCCAAGCCCAGCGCAUCUCCAUCGCUCGGGCUCUGGUUCGUCACCCAGAUGUCCUAAUCCUCGACGAAGCGACCAGCGCUUUGGACGUCGAGUCUGCGACUAUCAUCCGCGAAUCCAUCCGGAGGCUCAUCGCGGACGCCCAGAACGACGCGGCGUCCUCGUUUCGGAGGCCCUCAGUACCUGAUACAGCGAGUUUGGCGGGAAGUCACGGCGGCGAGGGUUCGAGAAGUAUGACUGUGAUUAUCAUUACGCAUUCGCGCGCCAUGAUGGAAAUCGCGGAUAAGAUUGUUAUGUUGGAUCAGGGGUGCGUUGUCGAGGAAGGUGGGUUUGAGGAGCUGAGGCGGCGGAAGGGGGAGUUUGCGAGGUUGUUGGAGUUUGGGGGGCUGGAUGAUGGGCAGAUGCAGGUUGAGAGGGAGAGACUGGAGACGGGGUGGAAGGGGAAGGCCAAGGAUGUGAGGAGUUGA